UGUCGCUCCACUUUCUACGGAUGUAAUUUUAUUGAGAUAUAAGCAAGUUUAUGCUUGAUAUUAAGAGGGGGAAAUAUUUAUUUAAUUUUAAUGCGCAUGUUUUGAAUUAGUUUUAUGCCAUAAUUUUAAAGAAGGGAACGCAAAGACGCCACCCUGCGAUCCGUCCGGACCAUGUGAGCUCCACAAGGAUUUACAACAAAGUUAAUGGAUGUACUUUCUCAUCUUACUAUGAAUUAUUUUUGGAGAGUUUGACGAAGCUAAAAUGCUAUGUUUCCACACAAUGCUUUUCAGAAUACUGACUCUGAUUCUUUUGCAAGGGGUUUUGAUGUCCCAUGUGAAAUCCAAGAGCAACCCCAGCAGUGUCCCGGCCUCCAAGGUGUUGGGCUCCUCGGGAUCUGAGGCUUUACAGCCUUCUGAGACCUCAAGGUCCAGACAAAAGCGCUGCACCUGUUAUUCCUACACGGACAAAGAGUGCGUCUAUUACUGCCAUCUGGAUAUCAUCUGGAUUAAUACUCCUGAGCGCACUGUGCUUUAUGGCAUGUCUAACUACAGAGGACCAAAGAGAAGGAGACGUGAUGCUGCUGCACCAGCGCCUAAAGGGGACUGGCCUCAGACGCGACGCUGCAUCUGUGCUGUGACACAUGCAGACCAAGAGUGUCAACACUUUUGUCUGCCAAGCCCACAUCAGGCUCGACCAGCCAGGAGUCUCCACAGAGUCCCCUGCUUUGGAUGACCCCGCAACAACCAUCCAUCUUCUGCUGUUCUUCCUAGGUCAAUGGAUAUUUUCCGCUCCUCUUUAUCCCCUUGCCUUCACCCUCAGUUUGGCUCCUUGCCUCCCAGGUACAAAAGGUGAAAAGGAACAACUUCACAGUUGCACACUGCCAACAUUCCUCAGCAUUAAAACUCUUGGAACAAGUUCCAUCUGGCCAACAGGUUUCAAGGAGUCUUUAGGAAAAUUUGAUGCAGACCCCUGGAGGCUAUUCCCACUUUUUGUUCUCUUUUGAGAGAACCAAAGGGGUUGCUUUCACCAUUAUAUCAAUACAAUAGCCAAUGACCUUGCUUAUGUCAAGCUUAAUCAGACCAACUCUUUAGUAUUGGUCUGUUCGUUGUCAACAUAUCUUUCAAAAUUUGAAUUGCCUAACCCAACAUACUAUAAGCUUGUAACAGUAUAUAAGAAAGUCAAUACCACAAAAAGGCCACAAAGUAAUAAGUGCCCGGAGUAUCAAUGGAGAGUAGAAAGAAGGAAUGGGUGGGUGAUAUCUUGCCAAGAAAAUAGGAAAUCACAGAAUAAGAUUUGGGCCCACAUGUAAUGGUCCCAACAGUUUAUUUAAUUUUUUUAAUUCUUUUUUUCAGGAUUAUUUAUAGUCAUUAGGUUCUGGCAUGAUCCGCAACUGUUUGUGUAGUAAGUAGUUCUUUUUACCUCUGUUUUAUGUAGGUGCCUGUUUGCCGUCCCUUCGUGGUUAGGCUCUCUGUUGCUGUCUCCCUAGUUCCUGUGGUUCCUUCGUGCCUGUAGGUUUUUCAUAAAUGUGUAUCCACCAUUCACCUGCCGAUGUCCUGUUGCCACUUUGGUCUUCUCUAAACUCUAAAUGUGACAGAAGGCAUCAGCUCUGCCGACCUCCAGAACUCUGUACCUCUGUGAGAAGACCUCUGGGUAAUCCACCUGAUCUUUGGGUUCUUCUGUCACAUUUUGAGUUUGCAGAGCACCAAAAUGGCAACCGAACAUGGCCAGGUGAA